GUGACCUCAUCGUCGUCGCGAGGCGGAGCGAGCGGCUGCAACUUUUGGAUGAACUUCUGAUUCGGACAAACCGAGAGGAGGUCUGCGGAGUGAGCACGGACAACAACAGACAGAGAGAGAGGUGAAGAGACACAGAGUGAGGGUUUCCUGUUGCGAGUUAUUCACCCACGGGUUCUUUUUUUCCUACACCGUUUGCAUUUCCCUGUAUCUGACAAGAGGGAGCGUUUAUUUUUCUGCUGGAAAACGCCGACAAGGUGGAAAUUGAUAAAGGGAAACACCCUCUGACAACAGGCACACAAGAAGAGGAAACAGAGGCGCAGGAUUAAAAGAAGACAUAUCCUGGUCAUUGUUCAUCACUGCUGGAUGGAGUCGCCUCUCUGAUCGAAAGGAAACUGUUACUACUCUGAAGUUGGAGGGAAAGCUGUCAUCUGUUUGCAGGUCACCGAGAGCCCUCAGCCCGUGCCAUCUGCAGUUCUGCAGCCAUCGGUGCUUUGUGUCAACAGAAGAUCGAAACAUCCACAGUCCAAGGACGCCAGUUUUUCUUUUCUCACUUCCACCAAAGCCAGUUGCUGAGAUGAUCCCAUGUAGCAUGGUUGCAAUACGGACUUCUUUGUAGAGAGUUCAGCUGCAGUAGGUCACCAUCAUCACACUUCUUUUGUCCAGGCUUCAGCAAAGCACCAAAUGUGCCUGUGAGAGUCACCACUUCUUUCAGAGGGCAUUAUGUUGAUCCCAAUCUAAACCCCUGAGGAACCCAUCCCUACCUUUCCCUCCCAUCUCCCCUCCCAACACCCCUUCCUUUCUCCAUCAUGACCAGUCUGAAGCGUUCCCAGACAGAGCGCUCUGUGGGCGGCUCAGUUCCAGCUUCUGACGAGUUCUACACCCGCCGCUUACGGCUGCCCAAUGGAGGGGCACCUCCUCCCCGCAGUGAAAGCGCCCACAUUUCCUCCUCCUCCACCACCGGCACCAACCCGGGCGUCCCCAAAAUGGGUGUCCGGGCUCGUGUGGCUGAUUGGCCUCCAAGGAAAGAUGGAGGAGGAGGAGGUGUCUGGCAUAUCACUGUGGAAACGGACUCACCCAGUUCUACCAAUACCACCAGCUCCUCAGGAUCGGGGAGUGGCGAUAGAGAAAGACUUGGACUUGGUGAAAGAGGAGGGGGAGGAGGAGGAGGAGGUGGAGGAGGAGGAGGAGGAGGGGGAGGAGGAAGUGGUGGUAGUGGUAGUGGUGGCAGUGGAGGAGGAGGGGUGUCAGCCGUCACAGCCCACAGCAAUCUGUCAGCCAAGCUGGGCCACCUGAUAAGCCCACAGGACUCAUCCAUGCUGCGCAACAUCCACAACACGCUAAAGAGUAAGAUGCAGAGCAAAGGAAAAGACAACCGCUUCCUGUCUCCUGACGGCUAUCUCGGAUCACCUCGCAAAGGCAUGAGGCGAAUCCGCCAGCGCAGUAACAGUGAUAUAACCAUCAGUGAGCUGGAUGUAGAUGGCAAUGAGGGCUGGUCCUUCUCAGGGUGGACGCCCAUGCACCGGGAAUAUGGCAGCACUUCAUCCAUAGACAAACACGGUGUAUCAGGAGAGAGUUUCUUUGACAUGCUAAAGGGUUACCAGUCGCAUGAGGCCCCCGAUCAGCGAAGUCCAGCCCCAGAGAGGCUAUCAGAGCUACUUACUGUGGCACCAAUAAAACAGGCUGCCCUGGAUUUGCCAGAUGGACCUCUAGGUCCAGUCAGAGGUAGUCCUGCUAGUCGACUAAAGGAGCGAGAGAAGCACUUGAAGAGGAGGUCCAAGUCGGAGACAGGCGGGGAGUCAAUAUUCCGCAAACUGCGCAGUGUAAAGGUUGAUGGUGACACAUCCAGGGCUGGCUCGGACGCUGAAGACGGGGGUAAGGGGGACGAGAGUGGUCCACCUCCCAAACCCUGGAUGUGCCAAAAGGGCUUUGCCCACUUUGACGUCCAGUCCCUACUGUUUGACCUCAAUGAGGCGAUCCACAGUCGGCAUUCUGGGUCCAAGCGUAAGAACACCACUACAGGUGCCUCGGCUGCUGCUGCCGCGUCUGCUUCAGCGACGUCCUCGCUCUCUUCAAAUCAGAGUGGAAUGUACGGGUCGCCCUGCGGCUCUCAAGAGGAGCUGAGCAAGGACGGGGCAGGACACGGUUCCAACCCUGCUCUGGACCCAGGUGAUGACAAGAGCAACGAACUGGUUCUCAGCUGCCCUUGUUUCAGGAAUGAGAUCGGUGGAGAGGGUGAGAGGAACAUCUCUCCGGUUAAACAGCAGGGCAGCAUUGGUAGUGGCGGUGGCUCCAGCGGUUCCUCUGGCAGUACAGAGGAGGGACCUUUGGAUGCCACUCUUACCACUCAUUUUACCAACGCUGGUGUGGCUGUGUUGGAGGCUUCCAAGGACGGGCAAAGCCAACAUUCUGACAGGUCCAAAAGAUACAUUGUGGAACAUGUCGACCUCGGUGCAUAUUAUUAUAGGAAGUACUUCUACCUCAGAGAACAUUGGAACUACCUGGGGGUGGAUGAGAACAUGGGCCCUGUGGCAGUGAGCCUGAGGAGGGAGAAGUUGGAUGAACACAAGGAUCAUGGCCAGCAGUACAACUACAGGGUCAUCUUCAGAACCAGUGAGCUCAACACCCUGAGAGGAUCCAUCCAGGAAGAUGCUGUUCCCUCCACAUCCAAGCACGGUCUAGCCAGAGGCCUGCCCCUCAAAGAGGUGCUGGAGUACCUGGUACCUGAGCUCAAUGCCCACUGCCUGCGCCUGGCUCUCAACACUCCUAAGGUCACUGAUCAGCUGAUGAAGCUGGAUGAACAGGGGCUGAGUUUCCAGAGGAAAGUGGGGGUGAUGUACUGCAUGGCGGGCCAGAGCAGCGAGGAGGAGAUGUACAAUAAUGAUUCAGCCGGUCCUGCACUGGAAGAAUUCCUUCAUCUGCUGGGGGAGAGAGUCAGACUUAAAGGCUUCACCAAGUACCGGGCCCAGCUGGACACCAAGACUGACUCAACGGGCACCCACUCCUUGUACACCACGUACAAGGACUAUGAGAUCAUGUUCCAUGUGUCGACCAUGCUGCCCUACACACCCAACAAUAAGCAACAGCUGCUGCGGAAGCGUCACAUUGGGAACGAUAUCGUCACGAUUGUGUUCCAGGAACCCGGAGCUCUCCCUUUCACGCCCAAAAACAUUCGCUCCCACUUCCAACACGUCUUUGUGAUCGUGCGCGCUCAUAACCCAUGCUCAGAAAACAGCUCCUACAGUGUGUCAGUCACUCGCUCCAAAGACAUGCCCUCUUUCGGCCCCCCGAUCCCAGAGGGUGUCACAUUUCCCAAGUCCUCAGUGUUCCGGGACUUCCUUCUGGCCAAAGUCAUCAACGCAGAAAACGCCGCCCACAAGUCGCACAAGUUCCGCGCCAUGGCCACCCGGACCCGCCAGGAGUACCUGCGGGACCUUGCCGAGCGCCACACCACCAGCACACCCAUCGACCCCUCGGGAAAGUUCCCCUUCAUCUCGCUGGCCCACAAGAAGAAAGAGAAGAGUAAGCCGUACGGAGGGGCGGAGCUUCGCAGCCUCGGGGGAGUGACCUGGCCGGUUUACGCUGAGGAUCACGGGACCGGAGGGGAACUGGAGGCUCUUCUGGCCAUCUCGAAUGACUUUCUGAUCCUGUUGGAUCGGGAAGCCAAAGCCGUGGUGUUCAACUGCGCCACUAAGGACGUGAUUGGGUGGACGCUGAGCAGCCCGGCGUCUUUGCGGAUUUUCUACGAGCGGGGAGAAAAUGUGUCUCUGAGGAGUAUCGGUAACAACACUGAGGACUUCAAAGAGGUGGUCAAACGUCUGGAGUUCCUGACUAAAGGCUGUGAGUCGUCAGAGAUGACGCUCCGUCGAAAUGGCCUGGGGCAGCUCGGCUUCCACGUGAACUACGAAGGCAUCGUGGCAGAGGUGGAGCCAUAUGGUUAUGCCUGGCAGGCAGGACUACGACAGGGAAGCAGACUGGUUGAAAUCUGCAAAGUUGCUGUAGCAACGCUGACACAUGAGCAGAUGAUUGACCUGCUGCGAACCUCAGUGUCUGUGCGUGUUGCCAUCAUCCCUCCACAUGAUGACGCCACCCCGCGCAGGGGCUGCUCAGAGCUCUAUCGGAUGCCUGUGUCUGAUUACAAGGGCAGCAGCAGCGAUAGCGGCUCCUUCGAAUACAAGUUCCCCUUCAGGAGCAACAACAACAAGUGGCAGAGGACAUCCAGCAGCCCUCAGCAGUCACUGACGGCCUCACCACAGCCUCAUCAACCAAACCGGGCCAUCAGCCUGGGCAGCUCUGUGGGGAAGACCCUGUCAGCGGAGAGGCUGGAGAGGGGCGGGGUCAUCCCACGCAGUGUCAGCAGCGAUGGCCGACCCCUGGACCCCAAGAGGAUGUCCCCGGGCAGUGAGAGCUAUAGCCUGGCCUCCUCCCUGGCGUUGGGUCGUUCGCCUCACAAUCGCAGCUCGCCAAGCAACCUGUCAUGUUCCAGCGACGCCUCCGGAAGCUCAGCUCACUGGAGGCAGAAGUCCAUGCCUGAGCAGUUUCCACCCACUAGACACUCUCCCAUGUCUGGGGACAGGCGGGAGGUGGUUGGAGAGGGCGUAUCCAGCGGGAAGUCCACUCCUAAUUGGUCAAGGAUGGAUGAAGGAGGAGGAACUGAAAGAGGAUCAACAGAGACACCAGUUUCAAAGUCUGGGCAAGGCUACUCUGGAGCGCCCCGGAUCCAGAGGCAGGAGCAGGUCAUCCACCUGUCCCCGAAGAAGAGCAGCCAGCAGUCAGACGGCCCUUACUCCGGACACUCCAGCAGUAACACCCUCUCCAGCACAGCCUCCAGCGGGGGCCACAGUGACAGCGACAAAUGGUACGAAAUGGGUGCAGGCGGAGGCUCCAGCGGUGACCAGGGCGACCUGGAGCCCAACGGCCUUGGAGGAGGAGGAUACCUCCAGGGGGCGUCGGCCGACAGCGGCAUCGACACCAGCUCUUACAGCGCUCCUCAUCACAACCACCCUCAUUCUCAUCAUGGCAGCACCACCUCCCUGCUGGCUCCCAGUGGGAGCAGGGAGAGCAGGGAGCGGACAGUGUCUCCUUGGCACAGCCCCACAGAGGGAGGGCGCAGGAUGCUGGAGAGGUCACCUGCUGCAGCGGAGUCUCCAGGACCUCCUGCGGAGAGGAAUCUUGAAGGGACGGGCCGAACCCCACCUACUCAUCUCCUGGUUAGAGACAGCAGCACCUAUAGUCUGAGUGAACAAGGAUCCCACUCCAGGCAUUCAGGCCACAGCUCCCCAAGAGACGAGUCCUCCUCCUCCUCUGCAGCCACCUCCCCUUCAUCCCAGUCCACGGCGUCCCCCGGGCCCAAGACCUUCUACCCCCGCCAGGGAGCUCAAUCCAAGUUCCUGAUCGGCUGGAGGAAGCCUGGUUCCACGAUAAACUCUGUAGACUUUGGAGACACUCGCAAGAAGUCUCCAGGAGAAGGUGGAGUUGAGGUUGUCCCAACACCUGCAGCCAGGCCCUCUCUUCGGGACAUGCACUCACCUCAGCCUCACGCCAAGUCCACUAUGGAGGAAGACACGAAGAGACACGGUGCUCCAGACAGCCCUCCAGCUCCACGCAGACACAAGGAGAAGACACGUCUGCAGCACGGACAGAAAUCCCCUCCAGGCCAGCCUGUGAGCCGCCGUCGCUCACUCCACCGCACCCUGUCGGAUGAGAGCAUCUAUCGGGGUCAGCGCCUUCCUGUGCUGGGCGACUCCGUGACUGAUCCAACGCUCGCCGCUGACUCUCUGUUCAGCUGCUCCACCCUCCCACGCUCACCCACCACCCGGGGGGUUCCCCUCCGAAGGCCGUCCUACAAGCUGGGAGUCAAACUGCACGGAGAUCUUUCUGCCUCUGACACAUCAUUGGUGGAUUUGGUAGAGCGUCAUCGUGGACCCCUUCCACAAGAGCUGAUGCCCCUCCCGGCUGCAGGCAGGGACAGCCCCUUAGACUGGACACACCUUGUCGAUGUGGCCAAUACCUUUGAGACCGAAAGGAGCACACACUAUGUCCAGAGAAGUUACGUGUUCGGAGAUGCAAACCACAGAAGCAGUGGUGCCUCCAGCCCGCAGCAGCCCCACAUAGAGCUGCAGCCUGCUCCUCUGUCACGGCCCUCAUCCAGUGAGGGUCACAUAGGGCUGGAGAGGAAGGUGACAAAGCUGGAGGCCAUGGUGAAGAUGCUCCAGGAGGACCUGAAGAAGGAGCGUGAAGAGAAGGUGCGACUCCAGACUCAGAUCAAGAGGCUCUGGGAGGACAACCAGAGACUGCAGGAGGAGUCGCAGACCUCCGCUGCCAAGCUCAAGAAGUUCACAGAGUGGGUCUUCAACACAAUCGACAUGAACUGACUCCGACCUGCACAUUUUAACCCCACACACGCACAACCACAACUGCAUUAAACCACACACGCUGUCCGGACAGGAGGCAGAGGGAAGCUGACACUGAAGAGAAAGUUUGCACAAGAAAAGUGGAGACUAGCCCGACGCUGAACCCUCCGGACCUUUUUCUAAUGGCUUCAAUCAUCAGCUGGUAAUGUUGUUGACCCUCUGCUAAACUUCUCAGGACGAGACUCAAGAAAAACGGGGUGGCAGAUUUUUACAGAUUGAUCUGUAUCCUCCAAAGGAAGCUGGGGAGCAUUGCUUAAUUACUUUCUUUCAUCUUGCUGAGACAAAAUGACUUUUUAAAAAUUGCUGAGAAAGAGGAAUCCCCUCCAUGUAUCACUCUCAAGAAGCCAGCUUUCCUUCGCUUCUGAUUUGAACACAAAGAAUCACUAAAACACCCUUUUGCCUCCAUUUUUCUCAGCUGGUGUCAACAUCUAAUAGGGGCAACCUACAGCCUUUUUAAUCUUUUUUUCUCUUUUGCAAAUGUUUCCUAUCUUGUUUUUAAAGGGACAUUUGUGCCAAAUUGAACUAAACUCAUCAAAAGGGACGACUGGUGACAACACACAGAAAGACGACUGGCGCACACAAAUCUGUCACCCCAGCCACUUGGAGUUAACAAAAACAAACACAAAAUCAAACUGAAGCCACAGGACCACACAUUCUUCACGUGUAACAGGCACAUCCAGAAAGAAGUUCUCUCUUCUGGACGCCUCUGACACCUUAAGGGGGGAUGCAGCAGCUAAAACCACUAACACAGAAGCAGGACGAUCUGCCUCUGAAGUAAAAAGAGGACCUGGAUUUGUACAGUUUUCUUCUUUUUUUUGUCAUAUUUUCUCUUCUGUGACCCUCACAUCUGGAUUACAGCAUCUUCCCGGUCUCUACAGCACAAACUAACACCUGAAAAAUAAAAGGAGGAGUAUAUUUAUAAGCCAUCGGCAUGUGGUGCCAAAAACAAGACUGAUCCCCAGAGUGCUUUUGGUCCAUCUCGAUUGUUCGUGUCUUAAAAGCAAUAGGAGGAAAGUCGGGACUCAUGGCUCUCUCUCAAAAGAAAAGGGGGAGGACGUCGCUUUAGGAGGAAGGUAGAAGAAGUUUUAAAGAGUGUGCACAAGAGCGUCCACUGAAGCAGGGAACAACUUUAGGAUAUAAGAAGAAGAGGACGUCAUCUACCAUCCCACCGUCUGGAAUACAGAGAGCCAGCUGACAGUCCAUGACAGAGACAUUUUCAGGAUGGAAAGGAAAAAAGGGGGGACUUGUUUUCCGGGUUAAUUUAUUUCCUUGUAUUAUAAUUCCAAUAAAUAAGUUGUUCUCUUCGUACAGUACAACUGACAUCAGUGUUUAGUUCCUCAAGAAAAAGGUCACUAGCUAUAUUAUUUAAAUGGCUUUCUUUCUUCAUUCUGGCUAAAGCCUGACUAUAUUGCUUUUUUCUUCUGUAUUCUGUUGUAUUUUGUGGUGCCCGAGCCUGCUGUCGUGUUGCUUACAGUGCCCUCUAGUGAUGACCAGUGGAAAUGUCAUAAUUAUUAAAUGUGCUGCCAGUCACUCUGUAUUUUUUCCAACGCCUCCGUCAGACAUCGACUCGGGGAGGCCCGAUCAAACUCAGACAAGAAAGGAAAAAAACAAACAAAAUGCCAGCUUUGAGAGACAAUCAGAGGUUGGUUUUUGAUAAAAGGGAGCAGACCAUAGGUGUACUCGUAUGUGUGUGUAUGCGUGUGUGUGUGUGCUUACAUUUCAACUUCUAGAGUUUCCUCAGGUUCAGUAUUAUUAGUAAAGAAGAAUAUUUAGAGGAAGUACUUCAACAUUAAAAAAAAAGGCUAUUUAUGGUUUAUAUUGAGAUACAGAUGAUAAGAGGGAGCUGCUGUACUGGUGGCAGUGUGUGUUGUGAUUGUGUGAAUGUACAUCAGUCUAUCCAGCUGUGCCUACAGUCACUUAUUCUGGUCAUUUACUCCCAGGCAGAGCAGGGACGUGCCUUUGAAACAACACCUGGGGAGCAGUUGAAAGGGAAAGGCUCUUCUUCAUCAUCCUGACUAACAAACACACCUGGUAACACACACACACACACACACACACACACACACACACACACACACACACACACACACACACACACACACACACACACACACACACACACACACACACACACACACACACACACACACAUCACACACACACACACACAUCACACUGUUGAUAGUUUCACCCAACUUCCCAUUAAAGUUGUCGACUCAAACGCUCGAGUCUUCAGCCUUUCUCUCCUUCAUUGGAAUCUUUCUACUGAACACAUUCGUGGCUGCUCAGCCUUCAGACACAGGGACCAGAGUGUGUGUGAGAGUGUGAAGUGCAUGGAAAUGUGUCCGUACGUGUGUGUGCCUUUGCAUUCAGUUACAUGCAGUAUAUUUCUCAGUGCAGCUGUCCCCUGAAAUAAGAGUGAAUCAGAGGAAAAUCACCGAGCUGUCGGCGUUUAAAGCCCCCUGUGAGGAGUCUUUAACUGGAUAUGAAUAUUAUACAUCAAAAAUAUGAACACUGAAGCCUCUUUAGGAGCCACAAAAGUCAACAAAACCACCAGUAGAUCACCGAUUACCGCACGCUGAAGAAAACGGCCUCUCUUUUCACACGUUUUUAAGCAAAUCUUCACAAUGAGGGAUAUAUUCGAUGAGAACACAAAGGGCGUCAAAAUCAGCACAAACCAAAACUUUCCCACGGGAGCUUUAACACGACAACAAACGUUUUAAGGUCACUUCAGGUCACCAAUUUGAUUAUAUGUAUUGAAGAUGUGUCUCACAAAUGUGGUGAAAGCCUUAAAUCCUCUAACCUUCGCUGUCAAAUCCCUCUGAUGAUUGAAACAUUCCCAGGUUUUUGAAUUUUUUUAUCUAAAUUAGCAUCUUGAAAUUGAUGUGUUUCCACUCCUGCAGCAUGUGGCACGAAACAGCACCCUGUCUGAAUGUAAAGAGAAUAUAGAAAAGGCGUUAAAAAAAAAAAAAGUUAUGAUGUUUACUAUAAGUGACGUUCACCUCUGCAGUUCUGCACAGAGAUGAGUGGACGUGUACUAAAAAAACACAAAGUCUCGGUUCUGUUUUAAGAAUCUCUCGUCUGAUUGGACAGUAACCACUCAGUGCAUAGUGAAAAGCUUGAGUAUGUUGCUUUGUGACAUAAUUUAGUAGUUUUAACAGUUUAACAAAGUGGGCCAGUAGUGAAAUGCACUCUAGUAGUCAUCCAAUAAUGUGAAAGCCUCAAAAAAUAGACACAGAAUAAGUCAGAAAUAGUCCAAAUCCGUGUAGAUUGUCUGCCAUAAACAUGGGAUUUGUAGUCCAGAUCCACAGCUUGUCGAUGCAGAAACACGACCUCUAGGUCUUGUUUCAUAUUUUAUUGUAUAUUGAAAGUGCUCUAGAUUUUUGUAACUUAAAUGAAGUAUGGCCAAAUGACAAAACUGUGCAGUGCAGAUUUUUUGCUGGCAUCUUUAAAAAGUGUGCAUCGAGUUGGAUGUUAGAUAAAUACAAAGACAUGACGUCACACAUCAGUCCAGUUAUUUCCAGUGUGAAUGUCGACUUCUUGUACAGUGCAUAUAGUUUUUUUUUCUUUUCUCUGCUUUUGUUUUUGGUGCUUUGUGGAAGGGAAAUGUGAAUGCUCCGAUGUUCAAAUGUUCCAUUUUGUAAGAUCUUUUAUUUUGAAGAACCUUUGCACAGUGUUUUAUAAAACGGAUUGUGUCGACAGGUUUUUUUUUGGAUAAGAAGGGCGGAUCGAUCCAUGCCUGUGCAAUCGUGUCUUGAUGUUGCUCCGUAGUUUUGCUGCCAGUUGAGUUCCUGAAAAACAAGAGGAAGGUGCUUGACUUUGUUCACUUCAAAUAAUCCGAACCCCUCCUCCUCGAGCCUCACUGCUCAGACCAGAGCUGCGGCGUCAUUCGUACGAUAGCUCUGCUUGGUUUUUCAGUCGAGCACGACUCGUGAAGUCAGUGAUUCGAUCCGGGGAGGAGGGUUUCACAAAGCUCCGAGUCACAGCUCCCACUGCUGUGUCCUGAUCCGUUUAGUUUCCUCCUGUCUGAAGUUCUGAAGUUCAAACUUAACAUAGUAGUGAUCAGCUGUGACUGCAGAUAAAGCACACUAUUUCAACCACAGAACUGAAAGUACUGUUUACAUCUCAGAUCCAUUGUCUUUGUAAAAUGUAAAGGUAUGAAAAAGACAUUUGCAGUGAUCACAGUAUUAAAGUUUCUGAAAUAAAUAAAUGCUGUAUUGAUUUGUGA